AUGAUUCAGAACGCUUUGGACGCAGUAGUAUCUCCUGCUAGGAGCAGCUCCAGAGCCUCCCUCCCCGGUGCUGGUGCUCCCUCUCCGGCUCCAGGUAACCUUUCUGAGACUAGACAGCAAGGGCAACCAAAAGCAGCGCCAGUGGUCAGCAACCUGGCAGCACACUCGGGAGGAAUGUUUUUGACUAGUGC